CUAAGGCUAGGGUUGCCGAGAGAACUGGAAUUGGACUCUCCCUAGCGGGAGGAGACGCCUUAAACCGGUCCCCUCCCCAUCCUCUACUCGGAGGGGGUGGGCGGUAGAGGGGAGGCCGGGGCCCCUCCCUUGCACCUCCCCCACCAGACUUGGUCGCGCCCGAAGUGUAACACUUUCUCUUUGUCGGAGGAGCUCCUCUGUUUCCUGUGCAGUAGCUCCCGUUGCGGCGGCGCCGGUUGCAACCCUGGCGGACGAAGGAGCGAUGGCAGCGGCCGAUAUAGCUCGCCAGGUGGGCGAAGGUUGUCGAACUGUCCCCCUGGCCGGACAUGUGGGGUUUGACAGCUUGCCUGACCAGCUGGUGAAUAAGUCAGUCAGCCAGGGCUUCUGCUUCAACAUCCUGUGUGUGGGGGAGACAGGUUUGGGCAAGUCCACCCUGAUGGAUACCCUAUUCAAUACCAAGUUCGAGGGGGAGCCAGCCACCCACACGCAGCCAGGUGUCCAGCUCCGGUCCAAUACCUAUGACCUCCAGGAGAGCAACGUGGGCCUGAAGCUCACAAUUGUUAGCACCGUGGGCUUUGGGGACCAGAUCAACAAGGAGGACAGCUACAAGCCUAUUGUGGAAUUCAUUGAUGCCCAAUUUGAGGCCUACCUGCAGGAGGAGCUGAAGAUCCGGAGGGUGCUGCACAACUACCAUGACUCCCGAAUCCAUGUCUGCUUGUACUUCAUUGCCCCCACAGGGCAUUCGCUGAAGUCUCUAGACCUAGUGACCAUGAAGAAGCUGGACAGUAAGGUGAACAUCAUCCCCAUCAUUGCCAAAUCAGAUGCUAUUUCUAAGAGUGAACUAGCAAAGUUCAAGAUCAAAAUCACCAGUGAACUUGUCAACAACGGAGUCCAGAUCUAUCAGUUCCCCACAGAUGAUGAAUCGGUAGCAGAGAUCAAUGGAACCAUGAAUGCCCACCUGCCAUUUGCCGUGGUCGGCAGCACAGAGGAAGUGAAGAUAGGCAACAAGAUGAUGAGGGCACGGCAGUAUCCUUGGGGGACGGUGCAGGUUGAAAACGAGGCCCACUGCGACUUUGUGAAGCUGCGGGAGAUGCUGAUUCGGGUCAACAUGGAGGAUCUGCGGGAGCAGACCCACACCCGGCACUAUGAGCUGUACCGCCGCUGUAAGCUGGAGGAGAUGGGCUUCAAGGACACCGACCCUGACAGCAAACCCUUCAGUUUACAGGAAACAUAUGAGGCUAAAAGGAAUGAAUUCCUAGGGGAGCUGCAGAAAAAAGAAGAGGAGAUGAGACAGAUGUUUGUCCAGAGAGUCAAAGAGAAAGAAGCUGAGCUUAAGGAGGCUGAGAAAGAGCUGCAUGAGAAGUUCGACCGUCUGAAGAAACUGCACCAGGAGGAGAAGAAGAAGCUAGAGGAUAAGAAAAAGUCCCUGGAUGAUGAAGUGAAUGCUUUCAAACAGAGAAAGACAGCGGCCGAGCUGCUCCAGUCUCAGGGUUCCCAGGCCGGGGGCUCACAGACUCUGAAAAGGGACAAAGAGAAGAAGAAUAAUCCAUGGCUGUGUACUGAAUAGUAUGCCCCGCUACAGCUGGACUGGACUCCACUUAGCCUUUUAAGCGAAGGUUCCUAUUUUAACUGACAACUUUUUUUUGUGUUGUCAGGCAGCCGGGCCCCCCACCCCUGCUGUGUGCUUCAAGCCUCACCUCUUUUUGAGUUCUGCAACAUGCUCCUGCCUCCCAGGCUCACUGGCACAGACCAUGACCUUCUUCUUUUUCAUUUUUAAAGGUGUCUUUCUGAUCACUUCCUUUAAAACACACCAAGGUGAUACCAAAUUCCUAGAGUUUUCAGAAGUGUUGAGGAAGGAGAAGGGGUUAUUGUCUACAACUAUAGAUAAUACUAAGAAGCAAAGGCACAAAAGUAGGAUUAGUUUAAAAGCAAGCAGGUAACCUCUGUUCUUGUUGGCAAAUCAAGAAGGGAAUUUUGGUAUGUAUUGGUUAAUGGCCAGAAGUAAUGCUGUAAAACCAAACUAGUUUCUUGGGAAAAUUCAUAUUGAACAUUUUAGGAGACCUUAUGCCUGGAAAUAAAACCAAACGAACCACUACCACCAAGAACCAAAACCCCAAAACAAAAUCCCUAAAGCCUCUCAGAUACUCAGCCAGUAAGUGAGAAUCAGCCUGCUGAGUGAAGGGUGCAGCCUCUUUGAGAAAGGAUCCUUACCUAAAGAUUUGGGGUUUUUAAAUCCACCUUCCCAGACUCCCAACCAAUAUUCACCAUCCUCCCUGCAGACGUGUUCACAUUAUAAAUAUAGGAGGCCUUUCAUUUGCAUUGGUAUAUAGAUUCACUACUUGAGGCUUGAAGAUCUCACAAUACUUCCUAAGUAUUUGAGCCAUACAACUUUCUGAAACCAAGCAGGAAUUUUUAUAAAAGAGAGGGCUAUGGGUCAUCAUGACUGGUAUAACCCUCUAUUCUGAUUCUAAUGGAGGCCCAAUGAAACUUACCCAAGGUUCCACUGCUGUUUCUUGGCAAAGAAAGGCCAAGCUAAAUUCAUAUCUCCAGGUUCCUAAUCUGUCUCACCAUGGGACCCGAUCUAUAUAUAUGUUCCUGGAGACAAGGUCUUUUGAUGUUCUGUUAGAAGACCCUGAAGGGUUUUCACGUAGAAAAGAACCACCAGGAUUGGGCAGGUAGAGGCAGUCCAGGAGAAGGCCCAGCUGUUACAGUACCCAUUAGACAGUGAACUUUCCUGAAAGCCUGAACCAGACAAAGGUACAUUUAACUGGUGUCCUGUGUUAUCCUUAUAAUUGGGAAAGUUUGGUGAACAAAAGUCGGGCCUAUGAACAAAAGAUAAACUUACUUAAACAAUUCAUAUGCUUAGUUUACUGAGUAGCUUUUCUCUCUGUAGAAAGGUUUUGUUUUAAAACUACUUUUUUAAUAGUACAGUUAUUCCUGUUUUUUUUUUUUUUUCUUUCCUAAAUACCCUAAUUCUCUUGUUUACUCCUGGUGAAACAAAACCAGUCAUUAGAAGUGGUCUGUGCUUUUAUAUCCCCAGACUGGAAUGGAAUGGCUUUCCUAAAACACAUACCCAAACACACACCCUUUAUUUCUCUUAAGGCAAAAAGUCUGUUUUCCCACCUGCAGUUCUGGAAUUUUUUUUAUUUUUAUUUUUGUUUUUAAUUAUUUGGCAUUCACAUGUGGCUGUUAAAUGUGUUUUUUUUUUAAUUAAAACAAGAAAGCUUUAAACUGGUGUGUGGUGUUCUUCCAAACUUCUCUGCAGAUUUCCCCACAGUGAUGGCCCAUCCAUGACCUUACCUGUCUUCUCCACAUGUAAUCUCUGCUACCUUAUGCUGCCCAUUCCCCUCCCAUCUUAUCUUAAAUGUCCUUUCUCUGGCUAAUUUCAUGUUUUCUUUCUCUUUCUCUCUCC